AUGGCUCGUUAUUUCAAGGAACAAGAUAUUGAUGAGUUCCGAGAAUGUUUCUACCUGUUUGCUAGAUCGGGGCAGAUCACCUCACUUGAUGAACUAACUGUGGUAAUGAGGUCUUUGGGUAUGAGUCCUACUAUUCAAGAGUUAACAGGGUACCUAAAAGGAAAGGGUGGUAAAAUGUCCUUCGCAGACUUCUUAGAAGUGAUGCAUAUACAUUCCAGAGCUGAAAACUUGCCGCAUGAAGUAGUCAAUGCGUUUAAGGCUGCAGAUAAUGAUAAAAGGGGCACCAUACCAGCUAAGCAGCUUCGUACCUUGUUACAGAAUUGGGGCGAAGGCCUAUCAAGUCGAGAGGUCGAUAACAUAUUUCGGGAGGCCAACGUAUCAAAUAACGGUUCAGUUCGGUACGAGGACUUCGUUAAGAUCGCUUGUGCCCCAGUACCAGAUUAUUACUAA